CAGCUCCCCAUGUAAAAUCAUGUCCCGAAGGAGAUCACGACGUGCGUUUACUGUUAAUUUUAAAUCAAUACAACUGGAAAAAGAAUCUAUAACUAGCUCCUCAACCUUAAGUCUUAAGUUUCCCACAGCGAACCACAUAACUGUGUGCCACACGCAGGCAUACACGCGCGUAUCGAUAUGGCGAUUCCAAGCGUCACACUCAACUCCAGCCACAAAAUGCCGGUUAUUGCCCUCGGAUCUGCCGGCCAGAACCUGCCGGCUGACGUACUGUCGCGGAUCUUCCUCGAUGCCAUCGAAGCUGGUUACAGGCACUUCGACACUGCAUCCCUCUAUGGGUCUGAGGAAGGCAUCGGCCUGGCGGUAGCUGAGGCCUUGAAGCUCGGCCUUGUCAGCUCCCGGGAUGAACUUUUCAUCACGUCCAAGCUCUGGGUCACUGAUGCUCACCCUGAUCUUGUUCUCCCCGCUCUCAAGAACUCACUCAGCAGCAAAUUGGGACUAGAUUACUUGGACCUGUACUUAAUCCACUGGCCCAUUAGAUUGAAGCAAGGAGAUAAGAAGGUUCCUGUUGAUAAAAAGGAUAUUCUUCCCUUUUUUGAUAUGAAGGGAACAUGGGAAGCAAUGGAGGAAUGCAAGAGACUUGGACUUGUUAACUCCAUUGGAGUUAGCAACUGUACAUGCAAGAAGUUGUCUCAACUCAUGGAGUACGCUACCAUACCUCCAGCAGUGAAUCAGGUGGAGAUGCAUGUGGCAUGGAAUCAAAAGAAGCUUCUGGAUUUCUGCAAUGAAAUAGGAGUUCAUAUCACAGCUUGGUCGCCAUUGGCGGCCAACGGAGCUAAUUGGGGUUCUAUUGCAGUGAUGCAAAGCGCAGUGCUAAAGGACAUUGCAAGUGUCAAAGGAAAGACAGUGGCCCAGGUUGCUCUGAGGUGGUUAUAUCAGCAAGGGGUGAGCAUUGCAGUCAAGACUUACAACAAAGGAAGAAUGAUGGAGAACUUAGGUAUUUUUGAUUGGGAGCUGAGCAAAGAAGAUACAGAAAAGAUCCAAACUAUUCCACAGUUCAGGGGGUACCAAGGUGAUAUGUUUGUUUCCGAAAACGGGCCGUACAAGACCAUUGAGGAAUUGUGGGAUGGAGAGAUCUAACUUGUCUUUUAGUACUCUUCUGUUUCUGUUAUCAGCUUUAGUUUUUCCCUACUCUAAAUAAAUCCUCAGUAGCAAAUAAUGUGGGUCGAAAGGGAUCAAGUUGUAAGUCGUGUUUGAAAUGAAUUGUUAUCAUGCUAUAUACAAAUAUGCAUGUGACUAUGAUUUGAGAAGAGAUCAGUACUGAAGAGUUCAACGACAAGUUUGGAUU